AAUACAAAUAUAUUGAUUUAUGUGUAACAAUAUCUAGUAGUUUCACCCGGGUCUUUGUUAACACUUUGACGGCCGCACUUAUUUCGAAAAAAAUAUUCCGCCAGCAAAUUUCAAAGCACUCUCGUUUCUAACAGAAAUUUCAGACAACUAUCUUCCUUCCUAAAUAACAUUAAGACGUCUUUUAGAUAUAUGUGUGUUUGGAUUGUACGUAAUAACUUCAUACAUUUAACUUUACUUAAUUGUGUAAACUGUUAUCAUCGAGAAAUAUUUCUUCGUCGAGCAAUUACCGCAGAAUGAAGUCACGCAACAACGGCCGUCAAGAUGUCAAGUUGGGCCAUUAUUCUAGUCGCGAGUAUUUCAACGCGUUCUUAUUUAGACACGGUGCUCUCAAUCUCAACAAGACUCUAAUCUCGCGCGUUUCGAUAUGUCAGAUAUGUGUAUGUACAUACAUGAUAUAUAUAUAUAUACGUGCACACAUGCUGCAGCCGUCAGGCAGGCAUCGACAAACGGCCGUGAAACGUGCGAAAAAACGUGACGUCCUCGUGAAAACGCGCGCGAGUGAAUACACGUCAACGUCAUUUCGCGGAUCAACGGGCGUGGUAGGCUUGCGAGCUACGCGAGCUAAAAGAAGUUACGUGAACUACCGCUCGCGAAAAACAUCGAGAUGGUCGAGCUGGAGCUACGACUUAAGAGAGCGUCCAAGGUCGUUCGAUCGCAAGAAGACGCAACGCUUGUGACAGCCAACCAAAAGCGUCAAUAGUACCAUUGAGAAUGACCUUUACAUAAACACCAAUGGUCUGGUUUCCACCGAAGUCUUCAUUCGCUCCUGAUGCAAUGUAAAACCAAGUUUCCCGUUCUACAAUAGGUUAUAUGUGAUUAUCAUAUCAAUAAUUGAUAAUACAUAUCGCAAAAGAUGGGUGAUGGAUUUGUAAAUAUAUACGUCGGCAAUUAUAAUGGCGUGUAAAAUACAUAUCAUGUUCGCAAUUGCGACAACGCUGAGUAUAUGUAUCGUAAUAUUUCAGCUAUGCGUGACGCUAUACGACCGCCCAUCUGUCUCAGAUGACGAUAUACCUAUCGUGUUGUGGUGGACACCGUUUGGUACUAAUAAUCACGUGAAAGCCUGCGGACGCACAAAAUGUUACUUCACACAUGACAGAUCAUUUCAGAGCAACGUACGAUUGAAAAAUAUUCUCUUCUACGGAAGUGAUCUUCGCGUUCGUGAUUUACCUAGUUGGAGGGAUAGUGCCGUAUCAUGGGGAUUGCUUCAUGAGGAGUCUCCCAGAAAUAAUCCUAUACUUGUUCACGAAGAAGCGCUUAAUCUUUUCAAUUACUCUUCGACUUUUAGCAGAUUUAGUAACAUACCACUCACGCUUCUCGAUUUACCUAGUCUGGAUGAAUUAAUAGAAGAAACGUAUUAUGUUCAUACCAAAGAGAAGACUGCUUUAAUGCACACACAGAAUUUAGCACCAGUAUUAUAUAUUCAAUCUGACUGUGAUACUGCCAGCAAUAGAGAUCGUUAUGUUUUAGAAUUAAUGAAACAUAUUCGAAUUGAUUCCUAUGGUGAGUGUUUGAAUAAUGCUCAACUUGACGACAGGUUGAAGGACAAUUAUAUAAAUAUCUUGAAUAAUUGUGAAUUUUUAUCUUUUGUGGCUAAAUAUAAGUUUACUAUAGCCUUCGAAAAUGCAAUUUGUGAAGACUAUGUCACGGAAAAACUAUGGAGACCCCUUAUCGUUGGUUCUGUACCUAUAUAUUAUGGAUCGCCAUCAUUUAAGGAUUGGCUCCCGAAUACUAAAUCUGCCAUUUCAAUAUUAGACUUUGCUAAGCCAGCACAACUCGCCCAAUUUUUACAUAAACUUGUGAAAAAUGAUUCUGCAUAUGAAGAAUACUUAUCUCAUAAAUUGGGUAACCGCGAGUAUCGCGUCACAAACGAUAAGUUACUACACUCUCUUGAAAGAAGACCGACAGGAGUUCCUAAUGAAUUUGGAAAUUACUUAGAAGCAUUCGAAUGCUUCAUCUGUGAACGAAUACAGAAUAAUCGUAAACUACAAAUAGAUACAGUCACGAAACAACAAUACGAUUGUCCUCUGCCAAGAGAUCCAAUAACAGGCGAAAUUGAUGAACAUAAUUGGUGGAUAGAUCAGUGGAAUAUUGAGAAAUGUGGAGCGAAGUUGUUAGCUCAUUACGUAAUUAAUAACAUUAGUUUUAGUAUAAAUGGUUUUAAUAAGCAAAAGAUGUACAUGUACGACAACGAUGAAUGUUGAGGCAAACAAAAGAAUCGUAGAAUUUUGCGAUUUCAUACGAUUUCCAAUCGUAUCUCAAUCACUCAAAUUUUAUAAUCUCAGAAACGAUAAUAGAUACGUCGAUGUAUACAAGUAUGAGGAUUUGGCUCUUCCUAGGAGAGUUUCAGCUCUCCCUGUAUCUUAGUAUUAUAGAAGGAUAUAUUUUUACUUUUUUGUAUUUUACUUAUUGUAUUUUACUUUUUGUUUUUAUUUAUUUUGUAUAAAAUAAUACAAUAGAGGAAAGUUUGUUAUCGAAUACAUAUUACGAAAUGAUUCACUCCGUGUUGUAGAAAAAGAAACAAAAAUGUUUUCAUAUGUAUACAUAUAUGUAGUAUUUUUCGAUCGUAAACAGUAUUAUAAAGUUUGGUAUGUUAUAGAGCCAUACUCAACUGUCCCGAAAAGUGUGUCACGCGUUGUAGAAUGUGCUUCGUUUUUGCUCCAAGUAUUUAGCAUAUUAGUAAUUAAGCUCUGCUUCAUUCUGUAUGCCGCAUAAGUGUAAGAAUAAAAUACAUAUUAAAAAAAGGCUUUUCAUGAAAAAAGAUCUCUGUGCAAAACUCUGCUCUUCUUUUAAUUUAUUGACUUUAUUUGCAAAACUGGAGC